AUGAGAAUCAAACGGAAUCUACACGUCAGGCUGAUCGCCUUGUGCACGACCUGCAUAUUAGUUCCGGCCAUCGCUUGUCCCUCCUCAUGUGUGUGCAAGUGGAAGAACGGCAAAAGAUACGUCGAGUGCUCGGACAAGGAACUCAAGUCAAUACCAGAAUCGCUAGACUCCGAGACUCAGGUCCUUGAUUUUUCGGGCAACGACCUCCAGGUGCUACAAAGGGAAACUUUUCUGAAAUUAGGACUGCUCGACUUACAAAAAAUUUAUCUACAAAGAUGUAGAUUACAGAAAAUCGAUAGUCACGCCUUUAAAGGUUUAGCAAACCUUGUUGAGUUGGAUUUGUCUAAUAAUUACCUUACAGUGAUUCCUUCCACGAAUUUUCUUUAUUUCCCUUCGCUCAUGCGUCUCUCUUUGAAUAAUAAUCCAAUAACUAGCAUAAAAACACACUGCUUUCAACAUUUAUCAUAUUUGAAUACGCUGGAACUGAGCGGUUGUAAGAUCGAAAUCAUAGAGAGGGAAGCGUUCUCAGGAUUGAAUCAUUUAGAAUGGCUGAGAUUGAAUGGUAAUCGACUAUCUAAUAUUCAAGGUGAAAACUUAUUUCCUGACACUCUGCGUGGUAUCGACUUGGAAAAUAAUUAUUGGAAUUGCGACUGCCAUUUAAGGGAUUUGCAUAGUUGGUUAUUAAGUUUCAAUAUGCCUCAUACAAUUGAACCUGUUUGCUCGCUUCCAGAGCGACUGAAAAAACGCGUAAUAACGAGCGUCGCCGAAGCGGAAUUGGCUUGUUUGCCAAAAAUGACGCCCACAUCAGUAUUUUUAGAGACGAACGCAGGCAGUAACGUAACACUCGAAUGCUUGGUUAAAGCUAUCCCAGAGGCGAGAAUAACUUGGCUAUAUCAAGGUCAAAUCAUACAUAAUUAUACCAUGAUGUCUUCGGAGCCACGGGAUGUUUAUUAUGUCGAAAAUGGCGUGACGGAUAAAAAAAGUGAACUGUACAUAUUCAAUAUAGGUAACGAUGACAACGGAACGUAUUCGUGCGUCGCAGAAAACCCGGCGGGGAGGUCGAUUGCUAAUUACACGCUCCGGAUUAUAGUGAAGGAAGAACCGGUAGUAAUUGUUGUGACGUUCCCUCAGAGGCACUUAGUGGUAAUAGUUACAGUCGUAUUCCUAAUUAUUGUGUUACUUAUAGCCAUAAUUGCCGUAGUAUUACUCAAGUUCAAGACAGACACGAGGAGUAGGAAGAAAAAAGAAAGCGGAAAGGACGUCGCUUUAUGUAACCAAAUAUUGCCAUCUAACAGAAGCAAUGGCACAUUACCGAAAAACAAUGGAAGCUUAAUAGUCAAUGCUCAUUCGCACCACGCACUACAUUACACUGUGCAACAAACAACCCGUGAUUACGAAACCAACGAUGUGUAUCAAAGCAAUAACAUGAAAGGUUUCGUCGACAGGAAUCCUGACCUAAUUAGCGACGCGGAAACAGUCGCUAACAAUGCACAAAACGAGAACACUGUACUUUCUGUGUAUAAAACGCAAACAGCGGGCGGCGAUGGAUUUGAAGAGGAAACCGCAUUUACCGCACCUACUAUGCCGAGGCAGGUCACGUGGCAAGAUCAACAGAAUUUAAACAGCGUUAAUAUACCACAAAACACAAUCAAUAAUUUGUAUCAACAUUCUGCUGACGUACAUUUGAACCCAGGUUGCUUUUUAGAUAGCGACGGUUAUCCUUACGACUAUGGCCUACCUAAGCACCCUUGUCGAGCGCCUAUUAUGUCUAAUUAUUCAGUGGUUGGUCCCUUCUAUCAAACUCUGCCGCAUAAUAGAACUAAAGGACAAAAACUUGUCUGCAAAUUUGCCAAAGAUACGGAAUUCAACGCAACACCCCCUCCUUGUACUAAUUUCGAGGUAUUCAACGCUCCGAACGUGCGGCGAACUUUGGAAGGUUACCCCGUGCCAAGAAAUCGGCCGAUAGCUUUCGUAGGAAACGGAACAGUGUAUUAUAAUGAGGAGUUUGUUCCGUCCCCUCCUGAGGGUUACAAAACGGAACCUGUACAAUGUUGUGCGCCAGCUGAAGCGUGCACUUCAUGGGUGAAUCCAAAAGGGACAUGUGCAGUGAUGGUUCCGAUGGGUGUGGCUGAAGCACCAGGCAGGUGUUACCAAGUUGAAACUCGGUGUGUAGACACACAGACGACAGACGCUCGAGUGCCCGGCGAGGGAACGGAAAAUGUUCUGAAACCUUUACCCCAAGUGUCAAAUGCUAAAUGCGCGUCGGACAUAUGCUCGGAAAGUCCUGACGAGGGUUAUGUAGGUGAUGCCAAUGACAUCUGACGACGUCGCCGUGACGAUAAUUCGUGAACAGGGCAGUUUAGACGCUAAUGAAGUGAUAAAGCGACUGAAUUUAAGUAGUUAUUAUGUACAGUUCUCGUGUUAAAGCAACAAUGCACAUCCCUCGACUGUUAUUCAGUAACGAACUACUCUGAUUGGAGCAAUUGUUAAUUGAAGAAAUUGAAUUAGUUUGCGUGAAAGUUUCGUUUAGUAACGAACCCCAUUGUUCAAAAACAUUGGAGGGAUGUUUCUUGUUCACCAUUUUGUGAAACAAAUAAUAUACAUUACCAAUAUUUUUCUAGUCAAAUCUAGCAUAAUAUUUUUCAUAUUUUAGUUACUUUUAUCAUCAGUUAUGUUAUUGAUUAAGCUAUGCGCUCUCAAUAAAAUCAUUUUCUUUUCAGAUAUUGUUUUUUCAGGGCUGUGUAUAAUCUUGUUAGUUAAUUUUUAAACUAAUCGCACAAUUUGUCAUACAAACUUUAUGUUUUGAUUAAUUUUCAGUUUUGGUGUUAUCACUAAUUGUAAACUGAUAUAACUUGAUAUGUGCACCAUUGGACAUGAGCACUCGUAUUUAAACAAGGAAAUUUAAGUUUACAUUUGCAAUUUUUAUGGAAAGUUACAAAGAUAUUCAUUUUUCACUCUGUAAAUCUUAUUUUCGAUAUAAUUCAAUUUUACUGUUUGCUUAGAUUAUUCGAUAGUGGUAUAUGUUCUACUUCAUCUCUUUUACAACGUGUACAUUGUUGAAUCAACAAUAGUAACCCAGUUAGUGGCUUUACACAAAUAAACCUGAACUAGAACUUGUUCAACAUUAACAGGUGGACAAACAUUGGGAUAGUGAUUGGGGAUUGGGCAUACUCAUUCAAUUUUAAAGUUAUACAGUGUCUCUUAGCUUUUUUAUAUUUCUUUUAUUCUGUAAAAUAUUUGGCAUUGAAAGGAUUUUCAAGCAGAAUUUUAAUCUUAUAUACUUUUACAAAUUUAUUCAAAACUGUUUAUUUAUAUUUGCAAAAGUACAACUUACUGUAUAUAUAAAGCACAGCAGAUUUAAACAUUUCAUUUUUACAAUCAACAUUUUAUUUCAUUUUAUAUAUCAUUGUUAUACGUUUAAAUUUAAAAUAAGUAAAUCGAAAUAAAAAAAUAUAUCUUUACAAUUUCGCAUUUAAAAAAGCAAACCGAGUCUCAACGAUUAAUGGUAAAAAUAUAAAAGAUUGAAUUCUGUUUGAAUAUUUUUCUCA